UCUGUUCCGGGGAAGAUCUCAUCUUUUCCUGUAAUUAAACUACCACCAUUACACUGAUGGUUCUGCAUCUAUUUCUUCAAUCCAGACCUUUCUCCUGCGUUCCAGGCUCAUACUCCAGCUGCCUACUGGGCAUCCAGAAGUCCCAUGAUACCUCAAACUCCAAAGCCCAAGAAGAGGAGAUGGACAGGGCAGCUGGAAACGUCCAAGCCAAGUCACCUAUAUAAGAAGAACCUUGAUGUGACCAAAAUCCGAAAGGGAAAACCUCAGCCACUUCUCAGAGUGGAUGACCAUGAUUUCACCAUGAGGCCUGCCUUUGGAGGCCCUGCCAUCCCGGUGGGCGUGGACGUGCAGGUGGAGAGCCUGGACAGCAUCUCGGAGGUGGACAUGGACUUCACCAUGACCCUCUACCUGCGGCAUUACUGGAAGGAUGAGCGGCUGGUCUUCCCCAGCACCAGCAACAAGAGCAUGACCUUCGACGGCCGGCUGGUGAAGAAGAUCUGGGUCCCCGACGUCUUCUUUGUUCACUCCAAAAGGUCAUUCAUCCACGACACCACCACGGACAACAUCAUGCUGAGGGUGUUCCCAGAUGGGCAGGUGCUGUACAGCCUGAGGAUUACAGUCACCGCCAUGUGCAACAUGGAUUUCAGCCACUUUCCCCUGGACUCCCAGACCUGUUCUUUGGAGCUGGAAAGCUAUGCAUAUACAGAUGAAGAUCUGAUGCUGUACUGGAAGAAUGGGGACGAAUCCCUGAAAACAGAUGAGAAGAUCUCCCUGUCUCAGUUUCUGAUUCAGAAAUUCCACACCACUUCCAGACUGGCCUUCUAUAGCAGCACUGGCUGGUACAACCGUCUCUACAUUAACUUCACGUUGCGUCGCCACAUCUUCUUCUUCUUGCUGCAAACCUACUUUCCCGCCACCCUGAUGGUCAUGCUGUCCUGGGUGUCCUUCUGGAUCGACCGCAGAGCUGUGCCCGCCAGAGUUUCACUGGGGAUCACCACGGUGCUGACCAUGUCCACCAUCAUCACGGGUGUGAACGCCUCCAUGCCCCGCGUGUCCUACAUCAAGGCCGUGGACAUCUACCUCUGGGUCAGCUUCGUGUUCGUGUUCCUCUCGGUGCUGGAGUACGCGGCCGUCAACUACCUGACCACCGUGCAGGAGAGGAAACAGCGGAAGCUGCAGGAGAAGUUCCCAUGCAUGCGUGGAAUGCUCCACUCAAGAACCAUGAUGCUGGGUGGAAGCUACAGUGAGUCUGAGGCCAACAGCCUGGCUGGGUACCCGAGAAGCCAUAUUCUGACAGAAGAAGAAAGGCAAGACAAAAUAGUGGUCCACCUGGCCCUGAGCAGUGAAUCCAACUCCUCCAGGAAGAAGGGGCUUCUGAAGGGCCAGGUGGGUCUUCGCAUCUUCCAGAACACCCACGCCAUCGACAAAUACUCCCGGUUGAUAUUCCCAGCUUCCUACAUAUUUUUCAACUUAAUUUACUGGUCAGUGUUAGCCUAGGAGCUCUGAGGCUAUGCCUGGGGAAGGGCACGGACAUCUCUGGUGUCUGGCCGGCCGCCCACACGUGGACCUGCUGAGUGUGACCCCUCACAGACAGAGCAGCAGACCCUGGACCACCUCAAGCAGCAUCCUGGCUCCCGGAGGAGCCCAGGGGCUCUCCAGCUGCCCUCCCCCAGGCCUCGUGGGCUUGCUCAUCGUUCAUGCUGUGUUGUGUCCCACUUCUUGCCACUCUGGGACUGUCUUCUUCUGUUCUUGUGUGUGAACAGGUUCAUGAGAGCCUCCCUCCAAUAAAAAAAAGACUCAAAUGCCUCCCAGAUGAAUGUUCUGAGACCCUUAGGAAGCCUAGGAUUCAGUUAUAAAGGGAAGGGAAAAAUGAAGGGCAAGCUUAGGGGCAUUCUGGAUAGGAGACAGGAAAUUAAG